UAACCAGCCAGGGCCGCUCGACGUUGCUCUAGCCUGCCGGUAAUCUGUGCUCUCUGACUCUCUGCUCAGCAUGUCCUCGCCUAGCGAGACUUCGAUGGGAGGGAAAACCGAAGUCCCGUCAAAGAAAAUGGGAGGGAAGAAGAAAGCAAGGGCGACGGAGGAGGAUGGGCGGCAGCUCUGCAGCGACGCGCUCACCGAGGUAUUCCACAGGCUGCCUGCGCGCACGCUUGCGUCCUGCAGGACGGUGUGCAAGUCCUGGAUGACCCUGCUCUCCGACCUGCAUUUCGUGCACGAGCACCUGAAGCGUGGCCAGCAGAAGUUGCUGCUCUUCACAAAUGAUAGAGCAAACGACCGAUCUCUCGCCACGGUGCUCGCGGACGCCAACGGGCACAUGUACCAGCUGUCCAGGCCCGCGGCGUCUCGGACCCUCUUCGUGCACAACUCCUGCAACGGCCUGCUCUGCCUAGGCGACAGUAGAGGGGCGGUGGAACUGCUCAACCCGACGACCGGUGAGUCGCUUGUGCUGCCGACGCCGGACUACACUGCAGGAAGCAGCCAGUUCUCGUCGUGCAAUUGGCAUAGCUUGGGGUUUUGCCCGUCGACUAAGGAACACAAGGUUGCGCAUUUUUAUCCGGGAGAUCUUGGUUCUGUCAAGGCGUGCUGCGAGGUGUUCACGAUUGGAGGGAAAGCCUGGAGACAAGUCGGGAGUAUCGACGGGACACCGAUAGAUAGAGGGAUGCAUGUGAAUGGAACCGUGUAUUAUCUGACGAUGUUUCGUUAUGUUGCUUCAUCACGCAUCAACUGCCUGGAUCUUGAAAGGGAGAAGUUUGAUGUCAUGAGGCUUCCUCUGCGCAAGACCUAUGGAGGGCACUGCUCUUUGUCUGAGCUCGAGGGAAGGCUAUGCUUGCUUGUUGUGGAUGGUACGCUUGAUGGUCUACCUCGUACAAUGGACAUAUUGAUGCUCGAUAACGAUGAUAAGAAGAGCUGGACUCACAGAUAUCACAUAUCCUUGCCUUUGCUGAUGCAAUCAUGCUACUUCACUCCAAAAAAUGCACUCUUCCAUGAUGGGAAAAUUUGGGUACAGUUGUUUGCUAAGAGCCUCUACUGUUAUGAUCCAAAUUCAAAUUCGGAAGAGCUGGAGAUUGCUUGUCCAGAGUCCGAGUUUCCUUUCAGCACUCAUACCUUUGUUGAAAGCAUAGUUCCUCUGCGUCAUCAUUACUUCAUCAAAUAGAUAUGGUGAUGCUAGUGUUCUCCUCUAAAAUCUUCAAUAAGGUUUUCAACUUAUAGCGUUACAACACCAUUGUUGUUUUUCUUUUCUUUUCUUUUCAUGAGCGAAGCUGUUGAGUGCCUUAAUUGGACCUAUUUUAUCGUUAUUUGUAAUUAGUUACUCUUAAGAGCAUAAGAAAUGCAAACCUGAAACACC